AUGUCCAGAAAAAGAGCUUUCGGGCAGAGCUUCCGUGCAGCUGAGGAUGUCAAGAUUUUCAAAAUCUCCUUGUUUGCGCACAGCGCGUGCUACUACUUCGGAGUCCGGAGCACUGACGAGCGUUGGGCAGAGGAAGAGCGGUCAAGAUGGGUGCUAGAUGUUUCGCGGGCAGUGCGGCUUGUGACGCAGAGCCUCUUCCCUCCCUAUCGCAUCAGCUGUGAGCCACAGCAGGGCGCCAAGCAUACAGCGAGCCGUCUCAUGGCCGGCUACGUGGUCCAGCAAAAGAAUAUCAAGUUUUAUUAUGCUCUGCGCCUUGACAACCACCUCGUAUCCAUUGCAAGUGUUGUUUCUCCAACAGUCACGUAUGUGUCAACUGCAUCCGUGGUCUAUUGUGAGCUCCACGCGCACCAGGGGGACUUUGCCCGGGUGACCAUGUAUGAGAACGACCUCUGCCAGGUGCCGGUGGCUGAGAUCUGCAUCCACGAGAGCGCCAUGUGCUCGGAGAAGAUCGGCAUAAACUGCAGCUGCUUCAGCGUGGAGGAUCACCAGUUCUCCUCCAGAACCUUAGCAGAGCGAAAGCUCUGGCUCCGGGCCGCUCCACCAACACUGUUGAGAUCACAUGCAGUCCUGUCGGGGUUGGGAGGUUCAAGCGAAAGUUCAAGCGAGGCCGGUUUGGAGAGGACGCUUUCCAGAGUAGCUCUAUAUUCUCUGGGAUGCCGGGAUGCAGAGCAUCGUGUAUCCAAGUGCGAGGGUUUUUGGGUUUGGGGUUGGGGCAGAUCAGGUUUAAAACCGUAG